UAAAAAUUCAGUCGAAGCCCAAAACAAAGAUAGGCCCAGUUAGCCUUAUAACCCACCCGGUUUCUCUCUCGCAGUUUCACCACUCACCCUUUUCUCCGCCCUGCCGCCGGUUUCCCUCGCCGUCGCAAUCGCCUUUCUGCUGCUCAUCUUUAUCUUCUGGACAAGAUGGUGAUCCCACCACCAGUCAGAGCUCCAAGAAUCACAGAAUUUCUGAAGCCAUAUGUGCUAAAAAUGCACUUCACAAACAAAUUUGUUCAUGCUCAAGUCAUCCACUCUCCAACAGCCACCGUAGCUGCUUCUGCAAGCUCACAGGAAAAGGCCUUGAGACCAACCAUGGGAAUCACACGAGAUGUGGCAGCUGCUGCUAAAAUUGGGAAGAUUCUUGGUGAGCGCUUGCUUGUUAAGAACAUUCCUGCUGUUUCAAUCUUCUUGAAGAGAGAACAGAAGUAUCAUGGUAAGAUCAAAGCAGUGGUUGAUAAUAUGAGAGAAGCCGGUGUGAAAUUACUAUAAAUUGAAGCAGAACUUCAGUUAUGAUAUUAGGUUUCUAGAAAUUUGAUACAAUGUCUCAAGCCGUUUUUCAAUUGUGAUGAUGGAAAAGAACAUCUUAAUACUCAGUAAUGAAGUGUAGGAAUCUGAUUCAAGCAUACUUUUUCUCUUUCUGAUAUUGUGGGUGAAAUUGAAAUGCAGUUAUGCAUUGGCUUAUGUAUUGUGUAUACAUUGGCAAGCUUAAACUUUCUUGCCUGUUUCUUUUUUUUGAAUAAGAAAAACUAUGAAACUUUGUGGAACUA